AUGUCCUCUGCUCAAGAUUCCGCCACCAAGAUCUCUAUCGAUAGAUUCGAUGGAGACAACUACGCGACGUGGAGCCGCUACAUGCGUGGCGUGUUCCUGACCAAGUCGACGUGGCACGUGGUCAACCGGGAGACCACCCCCACCUUCGCCGAUCCUCGCGCCAGUGAUGAGUACGUCAAGACGAACAACAUUGCGUUCGGCUUGAUGUUACUUCACAUGAGCGCGGACUAUCAUCACGUGGUUGAUGACUGCGACGAGGCAUGGGUUGCGUGGACACGGUUGAAGACUCUCUACGGCGGAUCGCAGAAGGCGGGACGGAUCUUCUUGAAGCGGCAGCUGUUCAGCAUGGAGAUGGCGGAAGGCGGCAAUGUGAUGCAUCAUUGCAAUGAAGUUCUCAACAUCAGCGCCAAGCUCAGCAGCAUCGGCGCCAAGAUGGAGGAUGAGGACGUGGCGAUCUGCUUGUUGUGCAGCCUCCCCAAGAGCUACGAGAACGUCGUGCUGAACUUGGAGAUGAGCAGCGCGGAACUGCGGACGCAAGACGUCGUGAAAGUGCUGACGAAUGAGCACAUCAAGAGACAAGGGAAAAAGACGACAUCGGUGAAAACUGAAGAAGCGACCAAGGCCUUCAGUACCGAGCGUGAGGUUCGUCAGUGUACGUUCUGCGGAAAAUUGGGGCACACGGUGGAAAAGUGCUGGACCUGUUGA